GAAGUAAAAUGGCGGACUUGGCAAACGAAGGAGAGAAGCCUGCCAUAGCUCCUCCAGUGUUCGUGUUUCAAAAGGACAAAGCACAGAAGCGUUCUGCCGAGGGGUCCAGUGCAGAAGAUGGGGAAGACUCAGACAGGGAUGAUGGAGAAUACUGUCCUCCAGUGAAAAGAGAAAGAACCUCAUCCUUAACACAGUUCCCACCUACACAUUCAGUUUCCAAGAAUAAUGUGUUCAUGCCGUCAAGUUUCUGUCAGUCUCCAACAGGCAACUCGGACUCGGAGCCAGAAGAGAAACCAGUUGGAUUUCGGUUGAAACCUCCAACUCUGAUCCAUGGCCAAGCACCGAGUGCAGGCUGUUUUUCAGGUGUACCCAGUCAGAAACCCAAGGAGCAGCAACGCAGCGUCCUGAGACCCGCAGUGCUGCAGGCUCCACCCACCAAGACCCUCCCUGAGCCCAGCAAGACCAACUCAAGCUGUGGAACAAACGGAGUAGGUAAAUUUUCAGAGGCAGCUACAGAAGGCCGGGCGAUCUUCCUGAACAACACGGAGAGCUCAGACAAAUCACCGAAGAAAGACAAGGAAGGGGAAGAGGAUGAAGUAGGAAAGACAGAUGACAGCACACAAAAGAAAGAUGUUGUGGUUGACCCAGGUUUCGUGUUCGGACAGAAUAUCAAAGAUAGGGCAAAGUUGGAUGAGAACAGUACUGUCGGUGAAUCUAAGGACGGCACACAGGACUCUCAGUCUGGGAGUACUAAUUACUUCUUGCAGUACAUGGGCACUUCAAGCUCUCUGAAUGCAACGAACAACACAGACAAAGGAGCCAAGUUUGUGUUUGGCCAGAACAUGUCAGAGAGAGUGCUGAGCCCUCCAAAAGGUGGUGAAUCGACGGCAGAGGGCUGUAAAGACACAGCUUCAGUAUCAGAACCCUCAUCACAGGAGGCCACACCAGAGAAGAGUGGUUCUGAAUGCUAUAUGUGUCCAGAUCACAGCGUGACAGAAUCGCUAGAGGAAUCGGCAGCAGCGUACACCAAAGCCACGGCCAAGAAGUGCAUUUUAGAAAAGGUGGAGGUCCGCACCGGGGAGGAAGCAGAGAGCAACGUGCUACAGAUGCAGUGCAAGCUGUUCGUGUUUGAUAAGCCAGUUCAGUCAUGGAUCGAGCGAGGUCGAGGGCUGCUCAGACUCAAUGACAUGGCCUCUACCGAAGAUGGCACUCUUCAGUCCAGGCUAGUAAUGCGCACCCAGGGCAGUCUGCGACUGAUUCUGAACACUAAGCUGUGGGCUCAGAUGCAGGUGGACAAGGCCAGUGAGAAGAGCGUCCGCAUUACUGCCAUGGACACAGAGGACCAGGGAGUGAAGGUCUUCCUCAUAUCGGCCAGCUCAAAGGAUGCCGGGCAGCUGGCAGCAGCACUCCACCACCGCAUCCUGGCCCUGCGGAGCCGCGCUGAGCAAGAGGCAGAGAGCACAGCCGAACCACCCCACACCGAGAUCACGCAAUCCAAUGAAGAUGACAGCGAUGAUGACGACGAGCUCGCUAAAAACAGCAGCAGCAGCAUUGCCCCUACAGGAAAUCCCCCCGCCAGUGGCACUUCUGAAACCUCGGCCGAGGCACCGGCAGCUGAGAGCACAUAACACCCUGGCCAGCUGCCUGAAUAAAAACUGCUCAACAGGGUUUUUUUGUGCAGGCUUCUGGGUGGACAGCCUUAACCACCACAAAUCUUUCAGCCCAGCGCUGUGGGUCCUUCAGCUCCAGCCCUGUAGCAGAGCUCCAGCGUCUCUCACUUAAAACUCGUAGAUUGUUUUUUGUUUUUUUUUCUCCCUUCCCUCUUCCUACAUUUAUUGUGAAUCUGGAAUUCAAUUUUUUUUAUCAUUUUGUUUGCUUUUUUUGGUUUUGUUUUAGUUUUCCUGGACUGCAAAACAAAUUAGAAAAGAGGAAAAAAAAAGAGAAAUAGACUUUUCCAUUUAAGGGUUUGGACUUGGCUGCUCAUCAUAUUGAUGAGUGUGAGGGUAUUCCUCUCUCUGUGUUAUGAUAUGGCACAUUUCUACCACAGGAUUUACCUUUUACUUUUUUGCUGUUCCCCCUACCUACUGUAUUAUUUUCUCCUAAUCUCUCGUGCUCGGCUUCAGACCACCACUGUAUGACGUCAUUGCUCGAAAUUUUCCAACAUCCGUUUAGUAACUUUGUCCUCAAUCCAGAACCUCCCUAAACCUCAGACAUUCUCUCUCUUUUUUUUUUUUUUUUUUUUUUUUCUUUUUUUUGAUAUCUGAGUAACUCAUUUCUGGUGGUUUCACAUAAACCAGUACUCCUACUAGUCUGCUAUGAUGGUAGUUAGAUCUCUUAUUGAUAUAAUGAAUAAAGGACUAAACCAACACAUGGACUGUGCUAUUGUGGAUCUGUGCUUCUCCAAUGUUCUACCACUGAGAAGAACAUAAGAACGGUAAAAGGGAAUUAACUCUUGCCCCCUCUUCCUCACCAGAAUCUGCCCUUUAGCUUUGCUUAUGGACAGAUGUGGUUAUUUCUGGUUAUUUUUUUAUUUGAACAAAAAAUACUGAAAUUUUAAAUUAACAUCUCUGCCGAUAUCCAUGUUUAUUUUCCAUAUCCUGAAUGUUUGUAAUAUGUUACAUUUUUUUAUUGUUUUAUCAGCUUUUUUUAUCCAUUUCCAUGUCAUUUAAGACAGUACAGUGGAGAUUUUUUUUCUUGUGUGUGAAAUACUGAGUGCAUUUAGAACGUGAAUACAGAACUUCAUGUAAAUUUCUAUGAAUAUAUUAUCAUUUACUAGAACAUGUCUCCAAUCUCCUUUACAAAACAAAUAGAAAAAAAAAUCUAAGUAAAAAAAAAAAAAGGAAAAGCUUUGAAAUAAAUUUUUGUGUAAUGUCAAAUGUGGUCCAUCAUUUACCUUUUUAUCAAUCAUGAUUUGUCAAUGAAAAUCAAAGUGCUUUGUAACAUUAAAGCAGCAGACUGUGAAUUAAAA